CGAAAGGUGGCGCUGUUGAGGUAAAAACCAACUCGAUCCAACAAUAGUUUUCACUCUUCGAUCCAGUUGCAGGCUUUUCAGAUCUUUUUUUUUUUUUUUUAAUGCACCCUCCUAUCAUCUCUCCCUCCCAUAAAGUAAAAUAAAUAUGAUUAACACCAAGUGCAUUUCAUUAAGUGGAGGAAUCAACAGUUCAACAUCCAAAUAGGCAGUCUUAUCUUCCAGGUGCUGGGUCGGCUUCACUCUUGCUUUUCCCCAAAUAAAUCUCGGUUUCUUCGACUUGCCUAUCGCUUUAAAAUCUUAGAAACAUUUGCCUGUCCUCUCUUUUUUCUUUUCUUUCCUUUUUCUUUUUUGCAUAAGCUUUAAACGAACCGAUUUGGAAAAUCGAAUAGUUAUUAGCAUCUGCAACAGGGAGGGGGAGAAGCAACCCCACCCCCCACCUAACCCACCCCACCCCCACUCAAGGUUUCCGGACUUGUCCGAGAAACUGCAGAUUAAAAUUUAACCCUUCGAGGGGAGCUGGGGAAGACCUGGGUGUUGUUUUCCCCCCUUGUUCCUUGCUAUGAUUGAAUAUGAAAUAAUUAAGUGAAAUGUAAAAGUACGCAGUGCGCGGGACCCUGAUAAACAGAGGUCAGAUUUCCUAAGAGGGGUGUGUAUGUGUCCCUGUGUGUGAGAGAGCGAGCGAGCGAGCGAGCGAGCUAGCGAGCCAGCGAGUGAACGAGAGCAGGACUCUCAAAAACCAAACUUAGGCCAGAGUCGGAAGCUUUCCCGCAGUUAACUAGCUUAGGCGAUUGCUCCCCCAAGGGCACACUAAGCCAACGGGCAGCUGGUCCCGGCGCUGAAUGGCCCCUGAACAGCUAAUUUCACCUCCUUUAUAAGAGGGUGAUAAAAUGGGCUUUUUCUCCCGGCGGUCUCCAAACCAUUCCACCUCCUUUCUUCCCGCACCCCCCCCCCCACACACACAGGCGCGCAGCUGGCGGCAUCAAGCACGCCAUCGAACCCCUGUACCUCCCUACGUGCGGACACCAUUGAGGGGGGCAAAGAGUUGGGCCAAGUUUGAGCCCCAGCCCAUCCAGGCUCAGGAAAGGAAGGUCCCCCUAGCAGACACCUGGGUACCAGAAGUGGAGCGAGGAGGGAAAACUGCCCAGCGAAUUCACAGUCCAGGGCUAGGGGAGCAGGCAGGGAAAAGGAAUCAGGCCAGUCCCCGUAGAGAGUGGAGAGAGAGCUGGAGCUCUGGAAGGCAGGCCUCUUGCGGAGCUAAGUGAAGCGAACCUUCCUCCCGGUCCUCCCAGGUUCCUGUAGCCCUUCUGGAAAACUCCUUCCCCUCUCGCGACAAACUUUGCGCCAGGCUUUGCUGCCUCUGAGGAGGUUACGGCACCCGAAGGGUUAAGCCAGCCCGUCCCAGCUGACAGUCAGCUGAUUGGGCCCUGAUUGACAGCUCCGAAAAGUUUCCUUGUUUCUAUACUAUUAUGCUAAUCGCGGCAGCUCUCGUCGCCUCCCAUUGGUCUGGAGUACCAGUCAAUUUCCCAUUUGGACCUGACGUCACAAGUGCUUAUAAACUCAGCAAUUGCUUUCAACUCUUCUUGCUGGAUCAGAGGCUUUAAAAUCUUUUUUCAUCUUCGAGCUGUAGCUUGGGCUGCUUGUCGGCUCGGUCUCCCCCUUUUGCUUUCUGCCUCGCCUUUCCCCAGGACUUUGUUAUUUUGCUUUAAAAAAAAAAAAAGGCAAGAAAGAACUAAACUCCCCCCUCCCUUUUCUUCAGCCGGGCUGCACCUCUGUCUUGCACUUUGCACGGAGGAAAGAGCGCGCCAGGGAGAAAGAAAGAGGAAAGAAAAAAUAAUAAUAAUAAGCCAGGCAGAAGAGGAGGCGAGAAGCAUGAAGUGUUAACUCCCCUGUGCCAAGGCCCGCGCCUCCCGGACAGCCGCCCACCGCGGCCCCAGCCCGGAGCGACUGCCGCGCACGCCCCGCCUGCAGCCCGGGCCGGCGAGGCGAGCACUCCUUAUGCAAAGCGCGCAGCGGAGCGCCGAGCGGGGGACGCCGCGCUUAGGGCCGGGUUCCUCCGGCUUCGCCACCGCCUCUACCGCAACCCGCGGAGGACCUUCCCGAGCCUGAAGCUGCCGGCUCCGAGCGCAGGGAGGCGAGCAGGCGAGGAGGGGCCGGGGCGAGCGAGCGAGCACAUUGGCGUGAGCAGGGGGGAGGGAGGGCGGGCGCGGGGGGCGCGGGCAGGGCGGGGGGUGUGAGCGCUCGGAGGUUUCGGCCAGCCACCGCCGCGCGAGCUAGAAGCGCCCCAGCCCGGCAAGCUGGCUCACCCGCUGGCCACCCAGCACAGCCCGCUGGCCCCUCUCCUGCAGCCCAUCUGGCGGAGCGGCGGCGGCGGCGGCGGCAGGAGAAUGGCAUCAGAACUGGCAAUGAGCAACUCCGACCUGCCCACCAGUCCCCUGGCCAUGGAAUAUGUUAAUGACUUCGAUCUGAUGAAGUUUGAAGUGAAAAAGGAACCGGUGGAGACCGACCGCAUCAUCAGCCAGUGCGGCCGUCUCAUCGCCGGGGGCUCGCUGUCCUCCACCCCCAUGAGCACGCCGUGCAGCUCGGUGCCCCCUUCCCCCAGCUUCUCGGCGCCCAGCCCGGGCUCGGGCAGCGAGCAGAAGGCGCACCUGGAAGACUACUACUGGAUGACCGGCUACCCGCAGCAGCUGAACCCAGAGGCGCUGGGCUUCAGCCCCGAGGACGCGGUCGAGGCGCUCAUCAGUAACAGCCACCAGCUCCAGGGCGGCUUCGAUGGCUACGCGCGCGGGGCGCAGCAGCUGGCCUCCGCGGCUGGAGCUGGCGCCGGCGCCUCCCUGGGCGGCACGGGGGGCGCCCUGCACCCGCACCACGCCGCAGGCGGCCUGCACUUCGACGACCGCUUCUCCGAUGAGCAGCUGGUGACCAUGUCGGUGCGCGAGCUGAACCGGCAGCUGCGAGGGGUCAGCAAGGAGGAGGUGAUCCGGCUGAAGCAGAAGAGGCGGACCCUGAAAAACCGCGGCUAUGCCCAGUCCUGCCGCUUCAAGAGGGUGCAGCAGAGACACGUCCUGGAGUCCGAGAAGAACCAGCUGCUGCAGCAGGUCGACCACCUCAAGCAGGAGAUCUCCAGGCUGGUGCGCGAGAGGGACGCGUACAAGGAGAAAUACGAGAAGUUGGUGAGCAGCGGCUUCAGAGAAAACGGCUCGAGCAGCGACAACCCGUCCUCUCCUGAGUUUUUCAUGUGAGUCUGACACACGAUCCCAGCUAGCCACCUUGAUUAAGUGCUCCGUGGGGGUCCGACUCGGGUGUGGGCUUGCUAGUUCCAGAGCCAUGCUCGCCACCACCUCGCCCCUUCCCCUACCAAGGUUGCCCUCCUUCCUUGCCCCCUAUACACACAUGUACACACACGCACACACACACUGCUCUGAGUUGGUGGUUGUGGUGGCUGUUUUCUUUUUGUUGUUUUGUUUUUUUUUUUGUUUUGUUUUUGUUUUGUUUUUUAAUUGGGGAGGGAGUGGAUGUCCGACUGGUGCACGGAUUGCCAAUCUGCAAUUCUUAACUUGCUGGCUUGUUUUUUUUUUUUUCCCCCUCCUCCCCAACCCCAACAUGCACAGUGUUUAAAGAUCUCAGCAGAGUUCUUCAUGUGAAACAUUGCUCAUCUUUGAAGCCUGCAUCAUUCACACAUAUUUUUUUUCUUCAGUUCAUGAGCUAGUGUUCAUUUUCUGUGUGUGUGUUUUAUUUUUUUAUUAUUAUUUUUUAAUUUUACUUUUUGGAGCUUGCUGUGUUGCCCUUUCCCAACCUCCACCCUCACUCCUUCUCCACCUAUCUCCUUUGAGAUAAAAGAAAAAAAAAAAAA